AUGACUUACCCAGAUACAUUUGAAGGCUUUGCUGUUUUUAACCCCUCUCCAGAGACUUGGUCUACUGUUAAGAAGUACGAGUUCACUCCUAAACCAUUUGAGGAUCAUGACGUUGAUAUCAAGAUCCAGACAUGUUCCAUCUGUGGCUCGGAUGUUCAUUCGGCUACAAACGGAUGGAAUAAGACCAAUGCCUAUUAUCCAUUGGUGCCUGGCCAUGAAAUUAUUGGAAAAGUGGUUCGUCUCGGACCUAAGGUGACAGAUUUCAAGCUCGGCGAUCGGGUUGGUGUUGGUGCUCAAGCUCAAGCAUGUUUGAAGUGCAAGAUUUGUAAGUCUAAUAAUGAGAUUUACUGUCCCCACUUAGUCCACACCUUUGGUGGAGUCUAUCAGAACCAGGAUGGAACCGAAACACAUUCUCAAGGCGGAUAUUCUAACUAUGCUCGGAUCAACGAUUACUUCGUCUUCCAUAUCCCAGAGGAGUUGUCCAACGAGGAGGCAGCCCCAAUGCUUUGCGCUGGCAUAACAACUUUUUCUCCCCUAGUGAGAAACAUUCCUAAGGAAUUACCGGAGGGUCAGAGCAAACCACGGGUCGGUAUUGUGGGCCUCGGUGGUUUGGGAAUGAUGGGUAUUCAAUGGGCCCAUGCAUUGGGUUGUGAGACUUUUGUCUUCUCUAGAACCAGCAGAAAGAAAGCUGACGCUAUCAAGCUUGGUGCCGAUCAGUUCAUUGCUACGGCUGAGGAUCCAGAUUGGGUCAAGAAAGUCGAAUUCGAUUUAGAUUUAGUCGUCUGUACUGCAAACUCCGCUGAAGGCUUUGAUCUCAACACCUACUUGCGGUCUUUGAAGAUUGGUGGAAAAUGGGUCAACGUUGGAUUGCCGGAAACUCCUUUCACAGUUUCUCCUAGAUCUUUCAUGGCCAAUGCAUGCUUCAUGGGCGCUUCUCAUUUGGGUUCUCACGUAGAGAUGAUACGCAUGUUCAAAUUGGCUGUCGAAAAGGGUGUGAGAGCGUGGGUUGAGAAAAUUCCAAUUAGCUCCGAUGGUGUCAAAGAGGGCCUUGAAAGAUGUCGCUACAACAAAUGUAGAUACAGAGUAGCCUUGACAGACUUUGACAAGGCUUUUGCUUAG